GGGAUGGGAGUCUCAUUUCAUUUUUGAAAAAAAUAAUACUGACCCCUCGUUACUUCUAUCUACACCAGAAGCAGAUAAAAGCAACUCAAACAACAGAAUAAUCUGACAAUUUCCUUCGCAGAGAAGGAGAGAAGAAAGAAAAGCAGAUAGAUAGAGAGAGCUACGAAAGGUCAUCAAGAAAAGGCGUGUCAUCACAACUCACAAGAGGGAGUAUAUUAGAGACCGUUUAAAAAGAGAGGGCAUGUUUUGAGAGAACAAAAGACUGGAGGAGCCCUCCCCUAGCCUUAAUCCUUUUCGCAAUUUUGCUCUUAGAUUCUUAGCCACUCUUGUUUUUCCUUCUCGUUUUCUUGUGCUCUAUGCAUCAAAACUUGUAGAAAAGAGGACUUUUUGGUGGUGCAUCCCAUAGAAAACUGAGGUGAAACAUGUGGAAAACUCCGACUUUCCAUUCCCUGAUCCUUGUUUCCAUCUAAAACCAUUCAUUUCCCAGCCGUCUUGCAGUAAAUUUUGUAUCUCACGCUUGGCUGCUGCAGUUUUCUUCUUUCAGAAACACAAGUAUGGUCUGAUAAAGAAGUUUUGGGUUCUUGCAUGGCGAGUCAAAGAGUUGGUGAGGCUGGUUUUUCCAACUCAGGACCCUCACAUCAUCAUCACCACAAUACUAUGCCUUACGCUGUUUUUCGUGGGCUCAACCCUCCUAGUACAUCCUUCAUUAAUCAAGAAGGAUCUGCUUUUGAUUUUGGAGAGCUAGAGGAGGCUAUUGUGCCAGGAGUUAAGAUCAACAAUGAUGAAGCCAAAACACCUUUAUAUGCAGCAACCGUCAGGCCUGCAGCAACUCUGGAAAUGUUCCCUUCUUGGCCCACUAGACUUAUUCAGACUCCUAGAGGAAGUUCAAAGUCUGGAGAGGAGAGUACUGACUCAGGUUCAGCAGUAAACACACUAUCGAGUAGAGCUGAGGCCAGACUGGAACCGGAAUCCCCCAUCAGCAAAAAGUCAUCAUUGGAACCUCAAGGACUUGAGCAGAAGCAUCUUCAGCUACCAAACGAACAGCAACAGCUAGAGAUGGCUAAUGAUGGCUCGAGAGUAGAAAUGCCACAGGAUCAUCAACCAGCUGGUGGAAAACCCACAACUGAAAAGAGAAGAGGGCCUGGUUCAACUUCAGAGAAAGUGCUCGAUGCUAAGACAUUGAGACGUUUAGCACAAAAUAGAGAAGCUGCGAGGAAAAGUAGGCUUAGAAAAAAGGCCUAUGUACAACAGCUAGAAACAAGCAGGAUAAGGCUUACUCAACUUGAACAAGACCUUCAACGAGCCCGUGCUCAGGGAUUUUUCUUGGGUGGUGGUGGUGCUCCUGGUGGGAACAUCAGCUCAGGAGCUGCGAUAUUCGAUAUGGAAUAUGCAAGAUGGCUAGAUGAUGAUCACAGGCACAUGUCAGAGCUUCGAACUGCUUUGCAAGCUCACUUAUCAGAUGGUGAUAUGAGGGUGAUACUUGAUGGAUACAUUGCACAUUAUGACGAGAUUUUCCGCCUCAAGGGAGUAGCAGCCAAAUCUGAUGUAUUCCAUCUCAUCACUGGAAUGUGGACUACACCAGCCGAAAGAUGCUUUCUUUGGAUGGGCGGCUUUCGUCCCUCUGAGCUAAUCAAGAUGUUAAUAACGCAACUAGACCCUUUAACGGAGCAGCAAGUUGUGGGGAUAUAUGCUCAACAUUCUUCGCAACGCGAGGAGGCUCUCUCGCAAGGAUUGGAACAAUUGCAGCAGUCUCUGAUUGAAACCAUAGCCGGUGGCACUGUCAAUGAUGGGAUGCAUCACAUGGCUGUUGCCUUAGGCAAGCUCACCAAUCUUGAAGGUUUUGUCCGUCAGGCCGAUAAUUUAAGACAGCAAACUCUUCAUCAUCUGUUGCGAAUAUUGACAGUUCGACAAGUGGCACGAUGUUUUUUGGUCAUUGGAGAGUACUAUGGUCGACUCCGAGCACUUAGCUCCCUUUGGGCAUCACGGCCAAGAGAGACUAUGAUUGGUGAUGAGAACUCUUGCCAAACAACCACCGAUUUGCAGAUGGUACAAUCUUCUCAGAAUCAAUUCGCCAACUUCUGAUAUAUCCUAGCUCAGAGUAGCCUGAUAGAGUAUUGAUGUUCAAAUCCCAUAGCCUCCUCCCAUGCCUCUUAGCUUUAGGGCUUCCCAAUCUAUAUACUUUAGAGGAAGUAGCAUUUCUUGAAAAUUCUAUCUUGUUAAAAUCCUUGACUUGUAUUAUUAUCUUGUAAAUGUAAAUCAGAUCUAUCUGCAUCAGGAA